AAAGGGCCAAUUAAUCAGUUUGCCUCGUCAUUCAAUUGAUUCCUUUUUUCAGUGUACCUCACAGGAAAAGGAUGAAUCUCUUUUGGCUAUCGUGCCUCCUUGUGAGCACCGUUCUGGUUAACGGUAAACUUCACUCUAAUGAACAAAUCAUUCAAACUCCACGAUAUCUUUUGACUUUACCCCAAAUUCUUUCACCCACUUCUAACCAAAUUUGCUUGACCUCACUUAAUGAAUACAUUGAAGAUGAUGCGGAAGUCCGUGUUACUUUGAUUAACCCAAGGACCAAUGAGGAAAUCGCUGAUUUCUCCAAGCAACUUAAAUCUGCCUCAGAAUGUUUCAAAAUUGAAACCUCAGGGGUUGAUACUAAGUUUGUCAAGGUUAAGGUCCAACUUGGCGAUCAUUUGGACGUUAACCAAAUGGUCCGAUUUGUACCAUCUUAUGGUAUGACCAUGAUUGAAACCAGCAAACCAAUCUAUCAACCUGGUGAGGUUCUUAACUUCCGAGCCAUUGGUUUUGAUGGAUGGAUGAAACCAUGGAGUGAAAGCUUCGACAGUGUUUCAGUUUACAAUGCUGAAAGAACCAAGGUCAUGGAAUGGAGAAAAGAACAAUUAGAAAAUGGAUUAAACCAUUAUCGACUUCCACUUGCCCAAUACAACACUGAAGGAAACUGGAAAAUCGUCGGAGUAACCAAAUCCGGUGAAAUUAUUGAGAAAUAUUUCAAAGUUUCCCAAAAAGUUGACCCUGAAGUUGUCUUGAAGGUUAAACAAGGUGGUGACUACAUUCUUGCUAAUGAAGAUGUCCACCGAAUGGUUAUCUGUGCUGAAGACAAACAAGGUCUCCAAUAUGAAAAUGGUUUGAUCAAUAUUAAGAACCAUUAUGGUCACUACCUUGCCAAGGAUCUUACCUUGGAAGAAGGUUGUGCUCACUUUUACCUCAAAAAUGAUACCUUACAAUGGUCAAACAUCGUUGGUAAAGCAAUCCAAGGUUCCAUUGAGCUCUUAGAUAAGGAAAGCAAAUACCCAGUCGGUGUCUUACCUUUGUACCUUCCAAUUGUCCGAUCCCAUGUUCAUCUUCGAGUUCCUUCAACUGCUUUGGUUAAGAACUACUUCAAACUCGGUCUUCCAUAUUUUGGUUAUUUCUUCGUUGAACGACCAGACUACACUCCUCUUCCUAACGCUGAAGUUGAAAUCUGUUACCAAACUGCCAGCAAACCUUGGCAAUUUGAGGAAAAUGUUGAAAAGAUUUGUAAAACUUUCAUCUCAUCUGCUGAAGGUUCAAUCAAAUUCAUCAUCCCACCCGUUGAACGAACCACCAAGCAAAUCAUGAUCGAAGCUACCAUUCCUGGUGUUGCUGAUCACAAACAAAACUUUGUUGUUCACCCAUGGGUUGAGGAAUCUCGAGAUCAAUUCAUCAUUGAACCAAUCGUACGAAUGCGAUCAUGCAAGAAGAAUAUGCCAGAAGCUACCAAAUACACUGUCCUCAUGACCCGAAAUGGUACUCAAGCUUUCGACAGAUUGUUCCUCCAACCAGUUGGACGAGUUUCUGCUGCCGAAACCAAGAGUGUUAAACUUUCACCUGCCCCAUGGACCCCUGAAGCUGACAUGCUCAUCGGUGAAUGGCCUGAAGAAAAUGAAGUUUUCUUCGCUAACGUCUAUGAUGAUGCUUCACACCAAUACACUCCAAUGAACCGAGUUGUCUUCUAUGGUCUUGACUCACGAGGUGAACUCAUCUCCGACUCAAUUGCCUACCUUAAAGAUUGUCUUAAAGAUGAUUCUUUGAUGGAUGUUACCCUUGAUGAUGAAACCAAUCGACUCAAUGUUAACUUCCUUGUUGAAGAAAAUGUUCCAUGCUCAUUCUCUGUUGGUACCUCUGAUCAACGAGGUAAAUUGACUGAACAAAAGAUCCACAAAUUGUUGGAGAAAUUCGAUGACAUCUACACCAAGACCUUCGAAUGGGACAAAUGCUCAUUGGCAUUACAAAACCGAACUCACAAACAACCUUUGAUGAUUGACUUCAAAAACAAUUGGGACAGCUUCAAAGAAAUUGGUCUUCAUGCUGUUGACUCACGAACUGACAUUUUCAACAAGCCAUGUGAAUGGGAUGUUUUCGAUGAGGCCAUCCGAAACCGAUCACUCGAAGCUCUCAUUGCCAUCCGACACUACCUUCCAUACUCAGAAAACAUAAUGAACUCUCUUGCUGAUUCAGCUGAUCUGGCUCACCUUAACCGAUUAGAAAACUCAUUAGUCAAGGAUCUUCUCUUCUGGGGAUCACGACAUGAAUUCAAGGAAUGGCUCCAAAACUACCAUCCAUCAACUCUUGCUGGUAAAUCAGCUAUUUCUGUUAACGCUAUCUGUUUAGACCAAGCCAAAGGAAUCCGAUCAUACAACGUCCGAAAAUCAUUGAAAGCUGCUCCAGUUCACUUGGAACACGAUUUACCAAACAAAAUGUCUGACAAAGUUGUUCGAGAUAUUUCAAUCUUCAUUAAACGAGACGAAUCAAGCAUCAAACAAUCUGAAUGUGUUCCAGUUGAAUUAUCAGUUGAACCCAACUCAGCUGUUGAAAUCCAAUCUGAAUUACCAAAAGUUUGUGCCUGUUCAAAGACCACCAAAGUUACCCUUAAAGUUAAGCCCCUUCAAAAGGGUCCACUUAACCUUAAUGUCAAGGCUAAAUUUGCUAAAUCUAUGGCUGAAGAAUGUAAUUCAUUGAUUGAAAACUUUGAAACUCAAUCAAUUCUUCUCAAGACCAACAUUGAAUCCCACGAACCAAAAGUGACCCGACGAUCAUAUGAAAUCGCUUGCGAAAAAACCAAGAAAUCUCUUAAGCAUAUGUUGAAUGAAAAGGAAACUCUUGCUACUCGAGAUUUGAUCACCGUUUUCUUGAAACAAUUCCGUGAUGAUGAACCAAUCCGAAAGAACAUCUUUGAAGUUCUCAACAAAUUCAACGCUUUGAUGGACUUAUACGAACACAAGUCUCUCCCAUCUGCUGUUUUAUCCAAACUUCGGGAAGCUCUUGUUAGUUUAAACCAACAAUUAGCUCUUUUCCGAUUAAGUGAUGGCUCAUACUCAGUCUAUGGAGGUUCUCAUCGAGGCAAAUCCCUCGUUGCUACCGCUCUUGCUUACCGAACCCUCUCACAAGCUCAAGCCAAGUUACCAAUCUUUGGAGGUGCUGAAGUGAUCAACCCAACCUUUGACUUUAUUAUUAGUCAAAUGUCCAAGGAUGGUUGUUUCCAACAAAAAAAAUUCGCCAACGCCGGUUCCUCAAUGUGGCCUUUCGGUCACAAUGCUUCACGACAUGAGAUGACUGCAUUCGUUGCUGCAACCAUGUCUGAAUCUAGUCAAACUCCCAAGGUUCUUUUGAGAAAAGCCGCCAGAUGUAUUGGUCAAAUUAACGAAGACGAAAUGGACUCUUUGACCAGAGCCAUGGCUGCUUUGCUUUACGCUCGACUCAAUCGAAUUGAUAAUGCUCAAUCUCUUAUUGAAAACUUCGAAGUCAACGCUCGAAAGGAGAAUCUUCGACGAUUGAACAAAGAGGAAACUCGAUCUAUUCCUGAGCGAUUCGCCACAAUUGCCGAUCGUAAAUCCCACGAAAAAACCCAUGAAGAGAUUGUCCGAGCUCGAGCUUUCCUCGUUCUCGCUAAACUCGCUUUGAAUCAAACUGAAAACCUUCAAGAUCAAAUUCAAAAAUUGGUCUCAUCUGACUUGACUCUUCACGACCCACUUGUCACCCUUGCCGUUACCCGAGCUUGGCCAAAACUUUCAUCAAACAAAUCCAACAUGAAAGAAUCAAACCUCGACAUUUCUCUCAACAGCGAAAGAAUGAGCCUUGGACCUUUCGAGAUUCAAAAGGUUAACAUGCCUCAAAAGGUUGAAAACCUUUUAUUGGAAAUCUUAGCUCCAGGUUGCGCUCUUUUGGAACGAAACCAAGAGAUUGAAGUCCAAAAAUACAAUGGUACCUUCCCUGUUGUAAAUGAAGAGACUCGAGAAGGCAACUGGUCAACUCGAGAAGGCGAAACUGUUGCUCCUUACGUUCGAAGAGGUUUCAAGAUAAUCAAGAGCCAGCAAAAAAUGAGUGAAUCCUGUGAACAAAAAAUCACCAUCUGCCCUAAUAAUCAAGAAACUGAACGACAAUCAUAUGUUUACAAAGUUGAUCUUCCAUCUAACUAUAUGAUUGACUUGACUGCUCUCGAUCAAUUGAUGGCUCUCCGAAGAACUCCAGUUGAAAUGUAUCGACCAGUUGGAAAUACUAACUUCUUAGUUAUCAGACGCCAACAAGACGAAUGUUUUGAUGUUCCAAUGGAAAAAGUUGGUGAAAUGAUUGAAGACGAAGAGCCAAUUGCUACUAUCUACGCAUUCGAUGGUUCAGAUUUCACUAGUCAACCUUUGGUCGGAACUGUUCCCAUCGAAAAAGAAUGUGUCACCCGAUCUCGUCGUGCUGUAGAUCCCUCUAAUUCUCAAGCAUCACCCAUUCAAAACCGUUCCGCUAACCCUGAAAAGAAAGGAAGCUAUGAUGAACCAAAAAGCUACGUAGAACAACAACAAUCUUAUGAGCCUUCAUACCCAGCACCCAAUUAUCCAGCACCCUCAUACGAAGCACCAGUAAAGGGAUACCCUCAACCACCAGUUUAUGAACAAGCUCCAGCAUAUGAACCUGCUUACCCAGCACCAGCUCAAUCAUACGAGCCACCAACCUACCAAGCACCAUCAUACGAAGCACCAGUUAAGGGAUACCCUCAACCACCAGCUUAUGGACCCGCUUACGAACCAGCUUACCCAGCACCAGCUUACGCUCCAGCUUAUCCAGCACCAGCCUACGCUCCAGCACCAGCUUAUCCAGCACCAGCUUAUGCUCCAGCUUACCCAACUUAUGAAGCACCUGUCAAAGGAUAUGCUCCACCACCAGCAUACGAACAAAAUUACCCAGCUCAAUCAUACGAGCCACCAACCUAUCAAGCACCAGCUUAUGAAACUCCAGUUAAGGGAUACCCUCAACCACCAGCUUAUGGACCCGCUUACGAACCAGCUUACCCAGCACCAGCUUACGCUCCAGCUUAUCAAGCUCCUGCAUAUGAAGCACCAGCUUAUGAAGCUCCAGUGAAAGGAUACGCUCCACCACCACCACCACCAGCUUACGCUCCAGCUUAUCCAGCUUAUCCAGCACCAGCUUACGCUCCAGCACCAGCUUACGCUCCAGCUUAUCCAGCACCAGCUUAUCCAGCACCAGCUUAUCCAGCACCAGCUUAUCCAGCACCAGCUUAUCCAGCACCAGCUUAUCCAGCACCAGCUUAUCAAGCUCCUGCAUAUGAAGCACCAGCUUAUCAAUCACCAGCUUAUGAAGCUCCAGUUAAAGGAUACGCUCCACCACCACCAGCUUACUCAGCACCAGCAUACGAACAAGCUUACCAAGCGCCAGCUUAUGAAGCACCCGUUAAGGGAUACCCUCAACCACCAGCUUAUGGACCCGCUUACGAACCAGCUUACCCAGCACCAGCUUACGCUCCAGCUUAUCCAGCACCAGCUUACGCUCCAGCUUAUCCAGCACCAGCUUACGCUCCAGCUUAUCCAGCACCAGCUUAUCAAGCACCAGCUUAUCAAGCACCAGCUUAUCAAGCUCCUGCAUAUGAAGCACCAGCUUACCAAGCACCAGCUUAUGAAGCUCCAGUGAAGGGAUAUACACCAGCUUACCCAGCACCAGCUUACUCAGCACCCGCUUACGAAGCUCCAAUGAAAGGAUAUGCUCCAGCACCUUACUCUCCACCAUCAACAUACAAUUACCGUAGUGCCCAAAACGCCAUGAGCCGAGGAACUCAAUUUAGAUAUGAAAACAAUUUCUCUCCAAAAGCCACUCAAUCAGCAAACCCACAGAGAGUACCAACCGCCAUGAACAAACCACCCACAACUCCUUCAGUUCCAAAUUCAACUCCAAAUCGAUUGGGAUCUGGCUUUGCAUUGAAUUCCCCAAAACCCCAAAGAUCAGCCUACAAGCAAGCAGCCACUGAAUUGAAAUCUACCAUGACUAAGAGUGUCAGUUGUCCAGUCGAAGAACCUACAACUUGUCCCGAUUGUCGACCUCGAAUUGAUGUUGACAUGGUUGACAAACUUUGUAACAGCACCGUUAUUCUAGCCCAAAUCAGAGCAAGUUCAGAAAGCUGUGGAUCCUAUUUGACCACCACUCACUUCAAUAAACCAAAGCAUCCACUUAACUGGGCAGAUUAUGGAAUCAACCGAGAAUGUACCUGCCCUGAAUUCGAUACUGGAUAUGCCAUCAUCGUAUCUGAUAAAUCAGAAGCAGUUGAAGGUAGUUUCGGACGAGGAACUUAUAUCCUACCAGCUACUCCAACAAACGCCCAAGAAGUAAACGCUUUCAUCAACAUGUGUGAUGCAUAAACUAACUUUCGAAUUCUAAUUAACUAAUUCUUACUAAAUUAAAUUUUCUCUGUUAAUUGUGUUCCUAUUUUAAAA